AUGACAACCACAACGAGAUCCGCGGCCAAGAAACAAGACCAGUCGACAAGCACAGCUCCUGGUGAAGAAGCCCAGCCGGGCUCAAAGCACAAGACGCAGGAAACUGCAGCGCCUCCCAGCCCUAAGCGGGUCAAGAACGAAGAAGGGGAUGAAAGGGAGCAAGGCAAGGCACAAGAGACAUCAACCCAGGGGGGCAAAGCCAAAUCCGACAAACAGCACCAGCAGAAACAAGAAAACGGCAGCGAGGACACCAAGCCCCCGAAAGAGGAGAAGCCAUCCACCGACUCCGACUCGGACUCCACCCCGGCCAGCAUCCUCGAAAAAGGCCUCAUCUACUUCUUCAUCCGCCCGCGCGUCGACAUCUCAACCCCCACCUCCAUCAACGACAUCGCCCGCACGCACAUCGCCCUCCGCCCCAUCCCACACAACACCAAAACCCUCCACACCACCACCCCCAACCCCCCCAACGAUCCCCACCCACGCAUCCGCCUCUGCGCCAUCCCCAAAAAAACCCUCCCCCUCACCGGCCACGACCGCUGGCUCGGCUUCGUCGAAAACCCACACACCUCCCUCACCCAACUCCGCGACCGCGUCCUCGCCGAGUCCACCUACGAGACCAAGACGGCGGGGACGCGGCACGCGCCGCAGGCCAAGCCCCUCGCCGAGGGCGUGUAUGCGCUGACCAGCACGGGGAAGGCCAGCCAUCUGGUACUGCUCGAGGAGUUUCGGUCGCUUCGAUGGGUUCCGACCCAGCCAAAGCAUCUGGACUACGAGAACGCGCAGUUCCUGUUGGUGGGUGAGUCCUCUGGGACUGAGAAGGCAUUGGCGCCGCAGGAAGAAGACGAAAAGGAGGGCAAGGCGGAACCCGCCGAGGAGAUGGAGGAGUUGGAGGAAGAAGACGCGAAGAGGAUGAAAGGGCUGGGUAAAGACGACUCGGACCGCAUCUUUGCGGAUCUACAAGCCGAUGCAGGGGAUUAUCCUGAGUUGCAGACGACCUUCUGA